UGCAUGUAUGUGUGUCAGCAAAUGUAAUAUACCUUAGAAUAAAUGGCAUCUUACUUAUCGAUUCUAGGCAUCUUAUUAGAGAUCCCACCCACCCUCAUUUCUCUCUUCCUCCCACUCCUUAUAUCUUCAGCCUCCUCAAUCCAUUUCUCUUAUUCAAUUCAUUCCUCUCAAACACACACACACCACAAAACUAAACCAAAACAAUAAAGAUAAUGAACCUCUUGUUAGAUUCCAACGUUGAGGCUUUAGCCUUCAACUACUUAAACUUUGGUUUAAUCACAAUUCUCAACAACUUAUGGACUUGGCUUGCUAUCACCGCCGCUCUCAGCUUCUGGAAGAUUCGCUCAUCCGGUUGUCCCAAAUCACUAGACCCAGUUUCAGUAAAACCGGAUCAGAGUGUCUCAGUUUCCAACGUUACAUCACCGGUGGAAAUAAAACCCGACGAGAGUGUCUUGAUUUCCACUGAAAAUGUAACGUCAAAAACUGAGACACCACCAACAUUAUCAGAUGUUUCUGAUGAUGUUGAUGGUGUAAGGAAGGGGAAGUUUACCUUGUAUUACAAGGAGGACAUGCAAUGUGGAUUCAACAAGAAUAGUAGUAAUUGUUACCGGCAAUUGCCGGUUGUUGAAGGGUGGGAACCGGAAGUUGAAGUUGAGUGGUGGAAGUGUUGGGAGAAGGUGUUAAGGUUGAGAAAUGGAGAGAAUGAGAAUGGGUGGUACACGUGUCAAGAUUUAACGGAGCUUAAUGGAAACGUGGUUAAAAUUUGGGACGGUGGGUUAACAUUUGUUGGUAGUUGCAUCACAAAUGAAUCAUGGUCCAGUUCCAGAUGUAUGUCUUUUGAAUGAUAAUAAUGAGAAAGGAAAAAAAAAAAAAGUAGAAAUAGCUUUUUUUUUUAUUAGGUGUAGUUAGGUUUAUGUCGUGUUUGUUUGUGUUGGAUUAAUAAUAAUCUCUCCACUAAAGAUUUGAGAGAUUAUUUAGAUUUGAGAAUGUAUAUAUGGUAAUUUGGUAGUGCGGUUUGGAAAUUUUGGAUGAUGAAAUUGAUUAUUCUCAAAUUUGAAAUGAAAUUGGCCAAAAGCAACAAGCUUUGC